AUGGAUUUGACCGGCAUUCCGACGCCCAAAAUGGACUGGGAUAGCACCAAUCUCCCAGAAGCGUGGAAGAAAUUUCAACAUGUGCAACUUAUUUUCGACGGGCCUUUAAAGGACAGGGACGAGGAAAUAAAAUGCAAGUAUCUCUUAUUAUGGGUUGGUGACAGGGGCAGAGAUGUAUUUAACACUUGGCCGGAACUUUCAGCCGAGCAGGCAAAAACUUUGAAUGUGUACUUUAACAAAUUCAAGUCGUAUGUCCAGCCCAAAUUGAACCCUGUUUUUGCGAGGUACAAAUUCAAUAACAUUCUUCAAGACAGUGACACUACUGAACAAUUUGUUACACGUCUGAAACUACAUGUACAAGACUGUAAUUACGGAGACCCUGAUGAGAUGGUGCGUGACCGCAUUGUGUUUGGUACGUCAUCUACGAAGGUGAGAGAGAGACUCAUAAAUGAGGGAGAAAAACUGACACUUGUUAAAGCUAUUGAAAUUAGCCAGAGUUACGAAUACUCCCAAGAGCAAUUACGCUUGAUGUCGCCGCAUAAUGCCGAAGUGCAUGCAGUGUCCAAACCGUCUCGCACAGGAAGCAGAUCGAAUUCGGAACCAAGUGAUGCGAAAUACAAGAACCGUAACUCCAAUCAUCGACGUUCAUCCAAACAGCAGAACCAACAGAAGAAUCCAGGAUCUUCUACAUGUGGCAACUGUGGAUACACUCACAAAAAAGCUGACGUCUGUCCAGUAAAGGGGAAACGCUGUGAUAACUGUAACAAGUGGAAUCACUUCUCCAAAGUGUGUCGCUCUGUGCACAAAUCAAAGUCUGUUCAUGAAGUUACAGCAUGCCCCGAGUCUGACACUGAAUCUGAUUUCUACAUUGAUAGUAUAGAGUCAAAUUAUGAUCAUGUAAAAAAUCAACAGGCUUUUGCCAAGGUAAAUAUCGGUCCAAAAUCCUUCCCUGUAGAUUUCAAACUCGAUACUGGUUCUCAAGCAAAUAUAUUGCCUGAAAAUGUCUACAAUAAGCUAGGAUCACUUGACAUCCUUCGUAGUCCCCAGCGUAAACUGUCAGCUUAUGAUGGUGGUCAACUACGCACAUUAGGUGUUUGUCGUCUGUCGUGCACAGUAGGUCAAAGGUCAAAGAACCUCGAGUUCUAUGUUGUCGAUACAGAAGGACCCCCUAUUUUAGGUCUUCAGUCAUGUCUUAGUUUUGAAUUGAUCAAAUUAGUCUACUCUGUUGAAACAGUAGUCCCAGACAGUGAUGUCAAGGUCCACUGUCCAGACAAAAGCGUUCACAAACAUGAACCUGAUGGUCACUCUCAAUUUAGCUCAUUAGACAAUGAAGUAAUUUUGAAACGUUACUCAGAUGUUUUUUCAGGAAUUGGACUGUUUCCUGGGGAAAUCAAGAUCCACAUUGAUCAGAACGCCGUACCGGUAGUCCACCCCCCACGACGUGUACCAUUCGCGAUCCGUGACAAAUUGAAAUCCGAGCUCGAACGCAUGGAGCAGGCAGAUAUAAUUGCAAAGGUCACCGAACCAACGAAAUGGGUAAACUCGCUUGUGGUAGUCGAGAAGCGCUCCGCUCUCUGGAGCCAAAUUUUCACUAAGCUAGAUGCACGGUCUGGCUACUGGGCUCUCAAGUUGGACGAGGAGUCAUCCUUCCUCACAACGUUCAACACCCCUUUCGGUCGUUACCGGUUUCACCGUCUCCCAUUUGGACUUAAAUCAUCGCAAGAUGAGUUCCAAAGGAAAAUCGAUGAGUGCUUUGAAGGUCUGAGCGGUGUCGUAGCCAUAGUCGAUGACAUCUUGGUAUUUGGUAGUUCUAGGGCAGAACACGAUCAGAACCUUAGAUCUGUUCUCGCAAGAGCACGCGACAAGGGCAUCCGAUUUAACGAGGAUAAACUAGAGGUCGGGGUCACAGAACUGUCCUAUUUUUGA